AAUUUUCUCUGCGCUAAUCCUCUGAAGUAUUCAUGCUCAUCUGUCCCGCAGCGGAGUAACCUACAGGGCACACACACAUACACACACACACAUACAAUAACACAGAGAGAGAGAGAGGGGGAGAAAGACGCGCGUACGCACACACACUUGUGGCUCUGGAGGGAGCAGUUUGGAAUAAGAUAAGCGCGCACACUAGAUGUGUUUGAGGUUGUUGCAUUUGAACGCAUCUCCAGCUGAAGCUGCUAUGCCGCGCGUUGCAAAAAUCCCCAACUGGCGGCUUGUGACGAUUCCGCUGACGCGCCACUAGCCGCACCACCCAGGAGAGGAGAGGAGAGGAGAGGAGAGGAGACAGAGGCGAGGAGAGCUGAGCAAGGGGACUGACCGACCGACUGACUGACUGGAAACCGGUCUUUUCUCUUUCUCUUUCUCUUUCUUUUCCCGACCGUGAAGGAAGCCUUAGCUGUCGCGCCGGGCCCCGAGGACGAGAUCUAUUCAGCGAAGCCACAAGACGCAUCAUCCAGAACGCCCUGCAGAGAUGGAGGUACCCGGUUUGGCGCACAACAUCACCAGCCCAUUAAGUCCCUGCGAGGGGAUGAUCAAGGACCUGAGCCUGGACGCCAUACAGUUAUGCGAGCGAGAUGGAAGUAAAUCCCAGGACGGCAGCAUCUCUGAGAUGGAGGAGCUCCCCGUUCCUCAGAACAUCAAGAUCAGCAACAUCACCUGCGACUCCUUCAAGAUCUGCUGGGACAUGGAGCCACGCAGCAAGGAGCGCAUCACUCACUACUUCAUUGACCUGAACAAGAAGGAGAACAAGAACUCAAACAAGUUCAAACACAAGGAUGUUCCUACCAAGCUGGUGGCCAAAGCAGUGCCCCUGCCCAUGACGGUUCGGGGCCACUGGUUCCUGAGCCCACGCACGGAGUACACCGUCGCCGUCCAGACCGCGUCGAAACAGACGGACGGCGACUACGCCAUCUCCGAGUGGAGCGAGAUCAUCGAGUUCUGCACCGCCGAUUAUUCCACAGUGCAUCUAAACCAGCUCCUGGAGAAGGCGGAGGUCAUCGCCGGCCGGAUGCUGCGUUUCUCCGUCUUCUACAGGAACCAGAACAAAGAGUACUUCGACCACGCCAGGGAUGCGCAGGAGAACCGGAUGCUGCCGUCAGUGAAAGACAACAGCGGCAGCCACGGCUCACCCAUCAGUGGCAAGCUGGAGGGCAUUUUCUUCAGCUGCAACACAGAGUUCAACACGGGCAAGCCUCCGCAGGACUCCCCUUAUGGCCGCCACCGCUUUGAGGUUGGUGCUGACGUGCUCUUCAACCCCGACACCAACCUGUACUUUGGAGACUUCUACUGCAUGUACACAGCCUACCACUACGUCAUCCUGGUCCUGGCGCCAAAGGGCUCCAGAGGUGACGACUUCUGCAAGCAGAGGCUCCCGGCGCUCGACAUCACCAACAACCGAUUCCUCACUUGCAAGCAGGAUGAAGACGCUGGCGGCAGUCUGGUGUUCUACCACGCCCAGGACGUCAUCCUGGAGGUGAUCUACACGGAGCCUCUAGACCUGGCGCUGGGCACUGUGGCCGAGAUCAGUGGGCACCAGCUGAUGAGUCUGUCUACAGUAAAUGCCAAGAAGGACCCCAGCUGCAAGACCUGCAACAUCAGUGUGGGACGCUAAGAAAAGGCCGAAUGUAGGAGAGGGAGGGAAGGACUAGAGGUGACUGACCUCUACGCACACACAGGAAGUACACACGUACUGACGAAGCAGACCAACACAUGCAUGAAGCAGCAGAUUUUAGUAGGCUCCCAGACAUGCACACCAACAUAUCUCUGACACCGUUCUGUACUCUCUAGAGACCAUCAUUCCCAAAGAAGAGUGGAGAGAAAAAAAGAUGACACUCCAAAACACCUGCACCGCCGUCUCCUCAUCUGAACAGGGUUGUUGAAAACAAACGUGAAACUGAGCAAUUGAAUCCUGGGACACCAACAUCACACAUCCAGCCAUCCACCUUGCAAGCGAACACUGGCAUACUGACCAAACCCUUUAACUGUACUAACAUGGGCUGCUUCUAUUCAAUAUCCUGGUGUUUAUUUUAAUACGUUGUCCCAUAUUUUGUUAAUGACCUUUGCCUUGUUAUUAUUGAUAUGCUGUUAAUGAAGCGUCCACUGUCUGAGUGGACAAGCAUUCUGUUGUUUCCAGUUACUUUUGACUGUUUGACGUUUUAGAAAUGUUUUUCUUCUCAUUCCACGAUAGACAAGUUCGACUUCUUUUUACCUUCGACUAGUGGCACAGACUGGUACUACAAGUUUCUAGGGCUGCAGCAUCGAGUCAUCUUUCUUUAUACCAAAGGUAUUAAAAAAACCGCUGUGGAAUCUUAACAGUACUAAUGCAACAGCCUCUGAAAUGUGUAUUCACUAAGUCUUUUAAUGACCAAGUGUGAACUACUUGUUAACUUGUUAACCUUUUAAAAAAAAGCAUGAUGCAGUUCUGUGCAGCAUGAGUUUGACAGCUGUCGGUACCUCUACCAUAGCAACCUUCUCUGCAACAGUCGCUCUUCUUUUGUUGUAGUCAGUGGAAAGAAAGAAAGUAGAACCAUAAACUGUGUUUAGCAGAAUAAAUGUGAAAAAAUAUUUAUUUUUAUUGAUACAUUCAUAUAUAUAUAUCUAUAUAUAUAUAUAUAUAUAGAAAACUAUAUAAACCAGAAGUGCACAAGGUCAAAAGCUCUGAUCAUUGUCAACAAAUGCAUUUAGGGGGCAUUAACUUCAUAAAAGCAAAAUGGGGGAGGGGGGUAAACACAAAUUGGACAGCAGAUACAACUUGCACUACAAUGUCGACGUUCACCAACGUUCACAUUUUUUUCAAGGUGAAGAUGUAAAUUGAACGAUUCAGAUCAACUAUGAAAUUCUCGAUGCAUAUCAUAGCACAAUGUAGGACUUAAAACCGACAUGCACAAACACGACAGGAUUGUCUCAUUAAUAGCAUUUAAGCUUACACCUUUUUUUUGUGUGUCAAAAUAGCACUUUUUGAGAAAAAAAAGAAGAAAAUGCAGUUUCCACAUUAACCAUGGACAAAGCUGUCCAAGAAUAGUAUGUUGGCACCGGGGGGAAAAAAAAGCAAGUAACAAAGGUGCCAUAAUAAUACACAUACAGUAAUCUUUAAAAAAAAAGACUUAUAUGUAACUAACAUCAAGUUGUUACAGCGCUUCAUCCUUCACAUGAAUUAGUGAUACAUUGAAUACACUUGCUACAUUGGGUUUGUAAUAAGAUGCGUCAGGGACGACAAGGGAUGUGUUUCUGGGACUAAAAAGACUCUGCAGUUGCCCAGCAUUAUAAUUCAGACUGUCACCAAUUUCCAUCAGUUUUCUUCAUGUAAAGUGCAUCGACAUAAUGAGCAUGGCAUGAAACAAGACCACCGGCUUCACAACCUGAUUUUUUUCAGAAAACAGUCCGAGUCCUGUUAAGUUUGAUCCCACUGUGAGUUCACUCAACUGCUCUUGGUUGAGUCCUGUUGUUUACUGAGCAGGGCCUCCAGUAGACGGAGCUUCGCUUUGAGGUUCUUGUACUGGCAGUACUCCUCCGCCAUCGGCCCACGGUCCUCCCUCUGACAAGCCCUGUUAACAACACAUGAAAAAAAAAGAUGCAAACAAAAAGGCAAAAGUUUUAACAGUAGUUACAAGCAACCUGCAGCAGCUUCCAUAACUGGUUGAUAGUCCCUAUGUUGCCUUACUCAGAUAGCUUUGUACAGUGUGUAUUGUAAUCAGAAACUUACUGUAUUUACUUUGGAGGACUAACAUGUACAGUAGAAAGGAUGUGUACAGUUCAGAGCAAAAAAAAAACGUCUAUCUCUUCGUCUCUUUCCUGAGCUCUCUGUGCUGUAUUAACGUUAAGUGGGUGUGCAUUACACGGUCGUUCCAUUACGAUGGACUUUCUUUUGUGGAUGUUUUUUUCUUUGUUUUUCACGAGGCAUUGUUGAAAACCAAAUGUUCCAAGUUUAUUAAAAGACAAAAUAAAACUCAAAAGCCAAGUA